AUCGAACGGGAAACUAACCAAUCAACCUGCCAGCCAGCCAACAGGAAUAGAACCUACUACCGGUAUAUCAUACUUACGAGCAAACCACACACAAACAUCGGGAUGCCUACCGAAAAGAAGGAGAUUGUUGUCUUAGGGUAUGUUUCCCCCACUACAUGGUAGCAGGGAAUACAACAGAGCCCCAAAAGUUAAUGGUUGAUAGUGCUGGAGUAAUCGGUCUACAAACCGCCCUGGCCUUGCUCGAAUCUGGAUAUUCGGUGACUAUCGUGGCCAAGUAUUGGCCCGGGGAUGAACACAUUGACUAUACUUCUUCCAAGUAUGCUAUACCCUUUCAUUGAAACUCUGGUGCACAUUUCCCCGGUUUCCUAACUGGUGAUGUGUGUGUAGAGCUGGUGCCGUAAGCCCCACUUACCAAAAGAUGGAGAGGGAUAUCGGUAUUAAUCCAAUCCAUAAACAGCACUGGAGAACCCAUGCCACGCCCGACGACCUCCAGGGCCAGCGCUUCGACAAAGAGACAUACGAGUACUGGCUCGAGCUCGUAAAGAAAGACGAAGAUGCAGGCAUCGUUGUAAUUUCUCCUCCCCCCCCUCACUCCCCCUCCCCAAUAUCCCUCUCACUAACCGCCCUAGCUAAUCCCCUCAAUAUACAUCUGGGACCACCCAACCCCCGAAACUGCCAACUCUGGCGCAUCAAUCUGGUGGUCGACUCUAGUCCCCACCUUCACCCCGCUGACCCACCCGCACCCGCACCUCCCGGCAACCGCACACUUUGGCAUAAGCUACAAGUCCUUCUCCCUAAACCCCCAAAAGUAUCUCACGCACCUACUCUCCCGCACCGCCGACCAUGGCGUGAAAACGCACACGCACGAGGUCCAUUGCCUAAGUGAGGUCUUCGAGCAUGUUCCCGACGCGGUCGGUGUUGUGAACUGUACUGGUCUGGGAGCGAUAGACCUCGUCGACCCAGUUGAGGCGAGCAAGCUGUUCCCGACGAGGGGUCAGACGAUACUUGUCCGAGGAGAGGCGGAAAUGGUAAGACUCAGGCUUGGCGAUGGGUAUAUUGCGUACGUUGUCAGGCGGCCAGGGGAGGGGACGAUAUUGGGGGGGUGUAAGGUGGAUGGGGACUGGAAUGCCGAGGUCGAUAAGGAGUUGUCAAAGGAGAUUGUGGAGAGGUGUAAGAUUUUGGCGCCGGAGCUAUUGUUUGAUGGAGAGUUUGAUGUCAUUUCCGAGCAGGUUGGGAGGAGGCCGAGCAGGAAGGGAGGGCCCAGGAUUGAGGUUGAGUGGAAGGAGAUGGAAGGAAGGAAGAGGUUUAUAUGUCAUCAUUAUGGGCAUUCUGGUGCUGGGUGAGUGUUCCCGAAAUAAUGGGCAUAAUCACAGACUGACACUCGCGCUUCGCUACGACUUCAGUUAUCAGAGCUCGGUAGGCUCAGCAAGGGAAGCGGUGGCAUUAGUCCAAAGGGAGCUUGAAAAGCAGCAAUGAUCACAGUGGGCUAGUGCAGUCAAGCUAGUUAUCAGCGCCCAUGCACCUGGUUCAACAAUUCUAGUAAAAACCUAUACAAUUCCCAAGUGGUCCGAGUCGGCCCGU